UGCUGUCAUGGAGCCCUCCGGGGAGCAGCUGCAAAGUUCCGAGGCGCGCAGCUCUUCCGGGGACCCCCGGACCGCGGAGGAGCUGUCGGUCCCCGAGGUCCUCUGCGUGGAGAGCGGCACCUCGGAGGACCGGAUCCCCGACGCUCAGCUCCAGGACGAGCCCCAGUCUCCGCCGAGAGGGGCCGCCCUCCCCGAGCAGGGGUACCUCCGCCCUCGGACGCGCUCCUUCUCUCUGCCCGCCGACCCCAUCCUGCAGGCGGCCCGGCUCCUGCGGCGGCGGCAGCAGGAGGCGGGGCAGGCCGGCUCCGAGGGUGGCGGGCCGGCCGGGGACUGCUGCGCCAAGUGCAAGAAGCGCGUGCAGUUCGCAGACUCCCUGGGGCUGAGCCUGGCCAGCGUGAGGCACUUCAGCGAGGCGGAGGAGCCGCGGGUGCCGCCCGCCGUGCUCUCCCGCCUGCACAGUUUCCCGCUGCGCGCCGGGGACCUGCAGCAGCUGCUGACGGCGGCGGAGGGGCCCUCGCCCCCCCUGGCGCCGCCGCCGCCGCGCGUCCGCCUCCGACCCCUCUUCCGGCUCCCGGGGCCCGGCGCCGCGGAGGAGCGGCUGCGGCGGCAGCGAGUGUGCCUGGAGCGCGUGCGCUGCCCCCAGCCGCCGGGCGCCGACGUGACCGGCUCCGGACGGGUCCUCAGCUCCCCCGGACCCAGGGCGGUGGCGGUGCGCUACACCUUCACGGAGUGGCGCAGCUUUCUGGACGUGCAGGCCGAGCUGCGUCCCGUGUCACCGCCGCCCCCAGGGCUGUCCGGGGACUCUCUGGCAGGGGUUGGGGACCGAGAGGAGGAGCCGGCCACCGAGCGUUUCUGCUUCUCGCUCUGCCUGCCUCCGGGUCUGCAGCCCGGAGAAGGGGAGGACGCCGAGGCGAGGGACGUCGCUAUCCACUUUGCCGUCUGCUACCGCUGCGAACAGGGCGAAUACUGGGACAACAACGACGGAGCCAACUACACCCUGCGCUAUGUGUGUUCCACAGACCCUCUCUGAGGAUGGGAGCCUCGGGACUGGGAAAGAGGCUGACCAGAACCUCCAGCAAAGGCUCUCCUGGGACCCUUAGCCGAGCGUCGCAGAUUUAGCAUUAACCGAGCUUGGAGCGAAAGGAGCCAAGUGUUAAACCAUAAAUUCUGAGCGAAGAUCCACGCACCAGCAGGCGCAGCGGGUCUGGCAAUGUUCUGAACCCCCACUCUUCUCAUCGCUUCCUCUGCACUUUUCUACUCGCCUUCUAGAAUUCUCAGCCUGCAUUGGGAUAAGGAACACCCCAGCUCUCUGAGCUGAGGUUCUCUCUAAGAAAGGGGCUCUGGAACCCCGAGCCAGGAUCUGUGACCUUGGAGAUUUGUUUCUCACUUGAGAUGUCCUUACAGCUUAAUGAAAACCAGCUGAGAAAGGACAAGGCACCCACGUCCACGUGGGAGAGGAAGGUCCUCACACGUGCAACCCUCAGAGCCAGGCUGGAGUCUCAGAAGGCUAGGCGGGUGUCCUUUUAACUGGGCUCCAGAAACACCUGCCCCGACAGGAUGCCAUUUUCUUCUGUGAUUGGAUACAAAUGUUCUUUAAGAAAGUAAAGGCCACGUGAACAUACUUUCGCUCUGUGCUUCAUGUUUUACCUUCUAAGGCUUUGGGGAGGCCGUGGCAACCCGGGGAUGCUCAGCUGACGACCCAGGCGCCAUGACAAGGUUUUUGGACUUGAAACUGAGCUCCUGAGCAGAAGCACCAGGCCCAUCCAGCUCCCUAUGUGGGUAUCAACACAAGAAGCAAUUUUCAUCAAUGGCUCCCUGAAGCUGCAAAGCGCUGCAAAGACUGAAAAAGGAAGAUCUGCUCCAUCUAGACUCUAGAAGUGAACUUUUGGUGGCAUUUCUCAUCUGCCAGCUGCUGACACAGUGACCCCUGGCACCUUCAGAGCAGAGCACACUCUGGAGAGUUGAGAUGGCUUGCUCUAGUGGUUUAGCUCCUCCAACACAUAGCCUGGCUCAAGCUCUACAGUUGGGGCGAUCAGGUAUACAAGACAUACUCUGAGCUCAAGAGCUGCACAGCUCGAUGAAUGAGAACAAAGCGUGACACACAGUGAGCAUUCCAUCGCCACUCAGCAAACACUGUCUCAGAAGCUGGAAUGGCAGCACCUAAGAGGAGAGGCAAAGGGUCCCAGCUCUAAGGUCAAUCAGCACUUUACAGAGAUUUCCAGGUGUGGCGAUCUGGAUGAGGAAUCUCCCCCAUAAGGCUUAUGUAUUUGGGCACUUGAUCCCUAGUUAGUGGCACUGGGAAAGCUUUGGAACCUCAGGAGGUGGAGUCUUGCUGGAAAAAGCAUGUCACUGGCUUUGAGGUUUAAGUUUAAGCCUUGCCUUACUUCCUGCAUGUGGACGAGAACGUAUGUGAUCAGCCAGUGAGCGACCUGACCUGCUCCCUCUCCUGCUGUUAUGGACCCUGCCUCUUUGGAACAUUCCACAGACAGCUCCCAGCACAAAGGAGCCAUAACCUGCCCCCAGUGCUUGACACAGUCCUUGUACCCUCUCUGAGGAAUGCAGGAAAGGAUUCCAAGAAGAGACCUUGUUCAAGAUCCCAGGGGGGAGCAGCCUUACCAGAUCACAGAGGAAGACAAUGCAGCCACUCCUGAUGAGGCCUGAUAGACGAGGAUCAGAAGAAAGGAGAGGAAGACCUCCCCUAUCAGAGGACUUGGGGAGGGGCAUGUGUGGAGAAGGGGGAGAGAAGCAUGACCUGGACCUGAAUGGAGACGCUCUCACUGCACCUGGAAAGGUCUGUGACUCUGAGCCUUACACCCUGACGGCAGAAGUGAUACUGCAUGACACGGGAGGCACUGUGACUUCUGCCUGGCUCUUUCUUGGGAUUCCAGACCUGGGAAGCUGCCAUGCUGUGAGGAAGCCUCAGGCUUGUGUGUUCUGGCUAAAAGCCCUGACUUGGCCCCUAGCUGCCAGCCAGCACCAGCUGCCAGCCAAGUGAAUCCGAGUACUCUGGCGCCCAGCUUUCAGGUCUCCUAGCAGACUCUGCUCACCAUGGAGUAAUAUGUAUUUGUAUUUUAUGCCAUUGUUGUAUUUCUGACCUGCAGAAGUAGAGUGUGGUAUAAAUAAAGACUGUUA